UUUGAUACUCGCUCUGGCAAUAGUGUGGUCAAUUAUUAUAUCUAUAUGUGUAGUAGCAUAAACAGCUGGCGUCGGUAAUGUAAAUUUCUGUCUAGAAUGCGAAAAUAGCACGUGUUUGAGUUUAAAUAAAAUGGUUCAGUUAAUGCCAUAAGAAAAUUUAUUAUCAAAUGACUUUAUCAAUAUUUUUGUGCUUAAUUUCAAUUGGUUUAAUUAAUUAAUUAAACGUUCAUCUAACCCGAAAAAAAUUGAGCGCGCGGGUUUUUUCUUUUAGUUAACGUUGUUAAAAGACACAGUGGUUUUGUUUAUAUAUAUAUAUAUAUAUAACAACAGUCAGCCGAUGUAAAAAGUUCAACUACAGCGGCUUAAAAAUAAAAUUAGAAGUGAUUCUUUGCAUAUUUAUUUUAUUUAUUUACAAACCCAAUAUUCAACAGAGGUUGAACUGAUUGAAGACUUCAGGUAGUUUCUAUAAACAAACACAGUGAAUAUGUUCUGAUAUAGAAUGAUUAAAUAUAAUUCUAUUUAAUAACUAGUUAUGAGCUUAUGUUAUAGUAUGCAUAAAAUCUAUAUUGUUAUCUAUUUUUUGUUUGGAAAAACUUCUUUUUAAUGAAUAAAAAAAUAUGAUACAUACAGCUUGUUUGAAGCGUAUUGCAAGUUUUCAGAGUAUCUUGAGAAAAAUAGAUUGUUGUCAAAAAGUAAUAAAAGCAUUCUACCACAAUGUGGAUGGAGAAGUAUCUGUUGUUAAUCUAUCUGAAAUUAAGCGUGCCUUAAAAUCAGCAAAUUACCCUUGUUUGGAGGGUUAUGCUUGUAUUUCGACAAACUUUUUAUUAUGUGAUAGCAAGAAAAAAGAUUGUAAAUUAUUUAUAAAUAAAAUGACUGGUUUUUUUGUGUGUGACAUUUGUAAAAGAGUGGGAUCAUGGAAUGUGUUAGAAAAGAAAAUGCAACCCAAUAAAACAAUACAAGCUGUGGAAGAAUUGAAAUCAUUUCAAAAUGCUUUAAAUACUUUGCCUAACUAUAAUGAAGAAUGGAAUGAGUUGAAAAAGACAUCUGUGUUGAUAGAAACAUUAAGAAAUGAAAAUUAUAAGGAUGUUCUUGAAAUUUUUAAUUUACUGGAUGUACCUCAAGAAGUUAUGUCACAAAUGAAUGUAUAUUAUCAAAAAUCUACAAACUCUCUAUACUUUCCAUUAUUAGCAUUUCAGAAUUAUAUUACAGGCUAUUUGUGUAUUAAUAACAUUUCCAAUAAAACAGUACCAGAAACAAAUGCAAGUGGUGUACUUAUAUUUAAACAGAAAAAUAUAAAAUCAGAUGGAACUGCUGUCCUUGUGCCAUAUGUUGAAGAUUUAUUAGCUUUAGCUACAAAAAAAGCUGCCAAUAUUAUAAUAUGCUUACCUUAUGGAUUGCAAAAUAUACCACAGCAAAUAUUGCCAAGCUUGGAAUCUUAUAAGAAACUUGUACUUUGGUUUGGAAAUGAUGAGCCAAGUUGGGAUACUGCAAGGCAUUUUGCUAAAAAACUUGAUGAAAAACGAUGUUAUUUUGUUAGGCCUAUAGAUAAUCAACCUCAAGCCAAAAUUGCAUCAAGUUUAGGAUAUGAUUUAAAAAAAAUUAUUCAAAAUGCUCAACCAAUUUGGCACAAAAGUAUUACUACCUUUCGUAAUCUCAGACAAGAUGUUUUGAGUAAUUUGCAAAAUAUAGAUAAAGUGCAAGGAGUCAAAUGGACCAGAUAUCCAACUUUGAAUAAGAUUUUAAAAGGUCAUAGAAGAGGAGAAUUUACAGUGCUUACAGGACCAACAGGAUGUGGUAAGACAACAUUCAUGAGUGAAUAUUCACUAGACUUGGCAAUGCAAGGUGUUAAUACAUUAUGGGGAAGCUUUGAAAUAAGAAAUGCAAGAUUAGCUCAAACUAUGUUACAACAAAUGACUGGUGUACCGUUAGAUCAAAAUUUAGACAAAUUUGACUCAUUUGCUAAUGAGUUUGAAAAGCUUCCAAUUUACUUUAUGACAUUUCAUGGUCAACAAGAUAUCAAGGAUGUAAUGGAGACCAUAGAACAUGCUACUUAUGUGCAUGAUAUUGGUCAUGUGAUCAUUGACAAUAUACAAUUUAUGAUGGGCAUGUCAGAUGAACCAAAAUACAUGGACAGAUUUUGGAAGCAAGAUAAAAUUAUAGCAUCAUUCAGAACAUUUGCAACAAAAUUCAACUGUCAUGUAUCACUAGUUAUCCAUCCAAGAAAAGAACGCGAUGAUGGGGAAUUAACAACUGCUUCAAUUUUUGGUGGAGCAAAAGCUAGUCAAGAAGCAGAUAAUAUUUUAAUUGUUCAAGAUAAAAGGCUAACGAGUAUCAAAGGAAAAAAAUACUUACAGAUUGCUAAAAAUCGUUUUAGUGGUGAUUUGGGUAUAAUGGUUCUUGAUUUUGACAAGUCUACUCUAAGUUAUGCUGUGAAGAAAAAAAUAAAAAAAGAAAUAGAAGAAGAAAAACUUGAAGCCGUCAUUCCUAAUGAUUCUAUUUUUUAA